CAAAAGGUAUCGAUAUCAUCAGCUAUCGUCUUUGGUACACGUAUGACAAGUGACGUUCCCAAGCGUUAAGCCAAGGCAAAGCCGACAGACGACUAAUCUAUUCGCAGCUGAUAGUGAUACGUUUGUCCAAGUCACACCACAAUGGGCAUGUUGGAAUGGAAGCUACCGUUGUUACUGCUGCUGAUUGUGCAUGUAGCCCAGCAGGCCCCUGUGGAUCCUAAGCCAGCGGAGGAAGAUCGCGAUCGAGACGAGGGAGAAGGAAUCGCAGGAGAGGAAAUACUCAACAUAGCCGAGGGUGAUGGAAUAGCCGAUCUUGGUCUUGAAUAUGAAGGCUAUCUACGAGAGGUCAUCCAAGUCUUGGAAGCUGACCCAGAGAUGAAAAGCCACAUGGAUGAAAUGGACACAAAUGAUUUACUUACUGGUAAAUUUGGGAAGCAGCUAAACAAUGUUGGUAGUCAUAUCCGAGGCCAACUAGAUGAGCUCAAGAAAAAGGAGAUUCAACGUCUUCGGAUCAUCGCGAGGAAAGCCAUGGAACAACAAGCACUUGGGAAGGCAAAGCCGGCCGAUCAGAAGUUCUUGGACAAUCUCAUCGGUCAUCUUGACCCCUCAUCAAUGGAUGCCUUUAGCCCAGAUGAUAUUACUAAACUCAUACAGAAGGUUUCCACCGAGGCUACAAAAGAUCUGGAGGAGAACGAUCGUGAGAGGAGAAAAGAGUUCAAACGCUACGAGAUGGAGAAGGAACUAAAGAGAAGGAGCGAGAUGAGGAGAAUGAACGAGGAGGAGAGAGCAGAGGCCAUGGAGAAUUAUGAGAAGGAAAGGAAAGAGAUGAAACAGCAUGCUAAACUCAACCAUCCGGGAAGCAAGAAACAGUUAGAGGAGGUUUGGGAGAACACAGAUCAUCUAGACAGGAAAGACUUCAAUCCUAAAACAUUCUUCUAUCUGCACGACUCCAACAGUGAUGGAUUCCUGGAUGAAUUUGAACUUGAGGCUCUCUUCAUUAAAGAGGUGGAAAAAGUCUACAAGGACCAGAAAACGGCUGACGUUCAGGAAAAGUUUGAAGAAUUAUCCCGCAUGAGGGAACAUGUAGUCAAUCAGAUUGAUAACAACAAAGAUAAGAUGGUUAGUUUAGCUGAGUUCAUGGAGGCUGCUUCAGCAUCAGACUUUGAGGAAGAUAGCGAAUGGCAGGAUUUGAAUCAAGAAUCUCAAUUCACGGAGGGGGAUCUAGAGAAGUACCAAGAGGAGUUAAGAAGAACGUUGGAAGAAACUAAAGCCAAGAUGGCCGAAGCGGGGGAUAACUUUGUGAGGGUCAGACAGCCACAAGGCCAACAGGAUGCUGUUAAUAUGAACCAGGCUCAGGCACAACAAAUCAAGGAUGGUUUAUCUGCUGGACUACCAGCUCUAAAAGAAGGAAACGAUAAGAUACGAUUUGAAGGAGACACACAACCAGUAACUAGGCACGAUCCACCAGGCAAUAUAGCAGCAGCAAAUCAACAACCCCCACAACCCCCCGCAGGUCAGCCACAACAACCACCAGCAGGUCAGCCACAACAACCCCCAGCAGGUCAGCCGCAACAGCCACCUGCUAGCCAACCACCACCACCACCUGCUUCAGAUCAGCAACAACAACAGCAACAACAGCAACAACAGCAACAAAAUCAACCCCCACCCCCAAAGCAACCUGCACAACAGCCGUAAGAUAUGAAAUGAUGUUGUUUGUUUUAUCUACCACAUAUAUCUACCACAUGUAGUUGUAAAGAUGCACUAUUUGCUCUGGCAACAUGUGUGUUGUAACGCAACUCUAUGCACUAUCUGGGCAACAGCAGCAACAACAAUAAGAGCAGCAACAAAUUCAACUCCUGUAGAACUGCAAUUGGAUAGUUAAUGAUACUUUUUACUUUUUAAAUGUACUACAAGGAAUUGUAACAUUUUGUAUGGCAACAUAUUCUCUGGUCAACUACUGCGACCAUUGUACAUGUACCAGUUCAGCAACGACAGCAACAAGAGCAGCAACAAAGGGCAAUUGUUUUAUGUACCUCCUGUAUUUGUAGCAAUGCAAUAUGUACUCUAGCAACUUUCCCUGUGGUCAACAACUGUUUGCCCCAUGCACACGUUGCCAAAAUUAUGUAAUCGUAUUUUACCUUGUAAUGCUAAUCAUUUGUAUUAUUGAUCGCAAACUCAUUUUUAAUUGAUUAUUAAUCAACGAAGGUAUGUAUAGGGGUUAGAUAAUUAUGUUAUGUGUUAGGUAUUAGGAAAAUUGAAAGAUAUUAUUUGUAUAUUUAGAACUCGUGUAGAUUCAGCAAUUUUUACGUUUAUUUUAUCGUUUGAAAUGUGCUUAUUCCUCCUUUUACAUGUACCACAAGCAUCAAGCAUCAUAGCGUAAUUUUGGGAAUUCAUUGAUUGAAUGUUUAGGGUUUUGGGGUCAGAAGCUGGGAAUUUUCCAAGAAUUACUCUAUGAUGAAAGGAUUUACGUUUAUGUACAGCCUUUCCAUUGAAGCCAUGUUCAGAAAUGAUGGGUAGAACCGGGGCAUUUUUAUAAUGAUGAUGUAAUUCUUUGUGCAUACUGUACACUUAUCAUUAUCUUAUAACUCAGUGAAUAAGUGCCAGUCCUUUGCCCCUUUUAAUUAUAUGUAGCAAAAACGUGGCGUUUUUAAAAAUGUUGGUUUACCGUAUCAUAUCCGAGCAAGCCUGUGCGCUUGUAAAAAUGAUGCACUGGCUGGAAUGCUCCCCAGGGAGUGGAGAAUGUGCAUACAUUGUGUGCAGGUAAGCCUGAAUCCGAUGACCGGGGUAAUAAUAUGAUUGCAGGACCCUGAGGGAGAACAGUAUGAAUACUGAUGAGGCUACCCUGGGUAAACAAGACAUAUUAUUAUUAUAAGCCUAAGACUGCCAUUUAGUGCUAAGAAAAGCUUUUUAUUAUGAUUACUUACCAUGCAUACCUACUGAGGUUAUUGCAUUAUUGUUUGCAUGUGUCUAGGAGUCAGUGCUACAUGUAUGUAUGUCGCUGUUUAAGGACAUGAAAUGUUGUACCAUGUAUUUUAGUUAAGUAUUUUAAUUGGUGGAAUGUUUUAUUGCUAGGGUUAAUUCAACCGAAAAGUUUUGUCUUUUGCUAGCUAGGUUCUGUUAAUCAGAAAAUUUAUUUCUUGGGAGGAUUCUUUAAACCGGAACACUUGAGGUUCAUUUUUACAUUUUUUCAGACGCUUUGUGGAUCAUUCUUUUGUUAAUAAUGAAAUGAGUAUUACAAUUACCUAACCUUUAAUUCUAUUAUCUAUUCAGUGUUUGUUGAUGUAGAUCUAUGCUAAUCCUGAUUAUUAUAAAAAAAUUAGGUAGUUAAUUUGAUGACAAGGUUUUUGUUACAGUAUUAUCUGUUCAUUGCAUCAUGUUAUAUGAUUAUUGCAAAUUAUCACCUGCCAAAACCUUGCAGUCCUUAAGAAACCUUGACUAACUUACAUUAAUAAUCCUGCAUCAUAGACUAGAGAGGUGUACCAGUGAAAUUCAACAAAAAUAUGUUGUUAAAUCCUUCGCAGAAGGGUUUCUUCAAAAUGAAUGCUCAGAACUACAUUUAUGUGUAAGUUAUCGCCAUAAUCACUAUUACAAUUUGGACUAAAUGUAUUACAUAGAUCCCAGGACAGAAUAGCUUAAAGAUGUUCAUGCAAGGAUAUAUGUCGUUCGUGACGUAGGCAACUUGGCAAUCACUACAGUCAUAACACUGAGCCAACGGGUAUUAUGCUCUCGUACGGAUGCAUAAAGGGACACUAGUACGCACAGGAGCGUAAUACCUGUUGGCUCAGUGUGCUGCCCUCUAUAUACACAUGCUUGAGCAACUUUAACUGUGGAAGAGCAUUUUUCUCAAAAUGUACAUCCACUUGUUUGUCAACCAUUCACGCCCUUUGCAGAGUACAAAGUGAUUUGAUAUGGCGCAGGAAGAAAGGAAAUAUCUACUUUGUCAAAAAUCCUCUUGCGGAUUAACUCAAGGUUUUUCAGUCAAUUUCAAUCAAUUUUAUUCUUGUAUGUUCACUGUUGUAUGAUUUUAAUAAAUGUUCACUGGAAUUAACACGUA